UCCCAAGCCGCUGUUUGGCGCCGGCGGCUGUUCAGCUACCUCACGGCGCUCCUCGCGGCGGACAGCUCCGUUGCGGCGGAAUACCAUGACCUGCAGAUCUCUUUGACUGCGGAGUACCAGCCUUCCAAGCUCAUGGACCUGCUGACGUCAUCGCAGUAUUACUCAUUAGAGGGCGCUCUGGCUAUCUGUGAGGCUCGGGGGCUGGUUUCGGAGCAAGUGUUCGUGCUCGGUCGUAUGGGGAAUGCUGACCAGGCCUUGAGGCUCAUCAUUGAUCGGUUAGGCGACAUUCCCCAGGCCAUCGAUUUUGUUGUGGGUCAGCGAGACGAGGAUCUCUGGGGACGUCUGAUCGACUGGGCGCUCGGCAGCCCCGAAACCACGGGCGCUUUGCUGGAUUGCAUCGGCGGUUUUGUGGACCCCCUGCUGCUGGUCCGCCGUAUUCCCCUGGGGAUGAAGGUGGACAGAUUGCGAGACCGUCUGAGGGCCAUCAUCGCUGACUACCGGCAAGUGGAGAGGGGGGUGGGUCUGGACACGCAAACCUCUCUUCGGGAAGGUUGUAACGCCAUCUUGAGAUCCGACUGCCGACACCUCCUCGCCAAGUUGUACGAUGGCACACGGCGGGCGCUGCCGUACUUGUAUGUCGUACGACCUGGUACGGGCUCAAAUGGCGGGCAAUGGUACAGGUGA